GCUGCGACGCAUGGGCUAGCUCGGAUCUUUCCUUGCAACUACGCGGGCGGUGGGAUUACCGCGAGAGAGGGACGCGUGAACGCGCCGGGCAAAAAAGAGAGCCGAGCUCGGGGGUAUUUCUUUUUGUUCCGUUUUCCUUCUCGAUUGAGGGGCAAGACGCACUAGUCGUUCACGAGGCGCCCAGAGAUUUCACCAGAAACAGACUGGCAGGCAUGAUUCAACGCAAGGCAAGUUGCCAGAGGCCUUCGCAAGUUUCCGAUAAACCUCCCUUCUUGCCAUGUUCGGUUUAGCUUGACGAUGCAUUAUAACCACCAACCUGCUAGUAGUCUCCGCACAAGUGAUCCGAGAUCCAGAAUUGUAUCAUUCAGAUCGACUUCACCGAAUCAUUGGAGUACCUCGCUAGGCUACAGAACAUGAGUCGAGCUAUGAGACUUCUGUCUGGGUACAGGACGCGACGAAGUAAACUCGGUCCUGAAAGGAUUUUCUCCAGUUCCCUCGACAGCGAAGCGACUUUCUGCACGGGUGGAGAGGAGAGACGGCCUCUCGCAGCUGUAAAAAGAGUUAUCAUCAUACGUGUACGGCUUGCCUGGGUACGCGUUCUUGGCUGCUGAAAAGUAUAGAUCUGCGUAAACAAAACUGGAGGCUUGUUAGUACUGACGCCGUCCGCAGGUAAUACUGGAGUGCCUUCUGAGUUUCGAAUGCAGCGUGGUGAAUGCAUGUAGCCGACACACUUCUUGACUAUUACAGACAGUGCUGCUCCACAAGGAGCAUGCAUCGUACAGGGAGUAUAGCAACUUGCAUUUACAAAUGACGACGUUGGUUCUACCAGUUUGCGGUGACACUUUCAAACUCGCGGUCGCGGGCCGGUACACAGAGAGUGGGGAAGGUGGAGCUCGCAGUUCAUUCUAUUGGCCGAUACGCGUAGGCGGGAAGUCACGCACAGCGCGGGGCUCUGCGCGGAAAAAGAGUUUCCCUCGCGCCUGCGCUUUCUCUGUGGCUUGGUUGGGAGUAUCCGGAACGACAGAGGCCGCAAGAGAAGUGACGCAAGAAGGCGCAGACAACAGUUCCUCUUUCCCCCGGUACUGUCUCUUUCUGACGCUGGGAAAUUCGCCCCAGAGGCCGCCGUCUCUGUUAGGUCAAGUCCCUCGCGGGAGGGAAGCCGAGGCGCAGACUCGAGCAAGUUUCGGAGAAAAGGAGGGGAAAACGCGGCUGAGUUUUUGGUUUUCCCCGACAUCCAAGGUCCGACCUUCUCAGGAAAGGGCCUGGAAGAAUGGAGAAAAUCGACGGCGGGCGAAAAAGGGAAUAAGGGGGAAAUCCGUCUGUGUUCCGCGCGCACUUCGUCGCGCGUUGGCGUUGCGUGACUCGCCUUUGAGUGUAUUUGCAACAAAAAGCUGGUUGUGCGUUUCUUUCCAAUUUUCCUUGGCUGUUCUUUGUUUAGCUUCUGUCCGUCUUUCCACCAAAUGUUCCUGCGUCUUUUGGCUCUCUCUGAACCGCGAAAAUCCCGGUUUCCCCGCCGUGCUCCAACUGCAUGCGAAUGUCGUUCCUGUCUCCGGUGCCUCAGGCGUGCAUCCACAUAGCCGGUGACUCUCAAACACCGUACCUAAGAGUGCCAAGUUCCGUCUUCCGCGCUUUCGGGCAGGGCGACCACUGAGACAGAACCGCCUUUCUGAGCAACGCCACAGCAGUGUCUCCUGGACUUUCCUCCCUCACUGCCCUCCUCACACGUCGUUGGCGUUCGCGGUGUGGGUCCGCCGCCUUCCCACGGUUCGACGGUCAAACUGUCGUCGUUGGACGACUCCGCGGCUUUCUCAUCUUUCGGCUGUAUCGUUUUUCGGAUCGCUCUCGCGCGCUCACCUUUAGGAGGAGCGCCGACCGUCGGGAUUCCUCUCCGUGGGCGUCCCGUGGACCCGUCUCUGUCGCGAAACCGGUCUGAGAGAGCGGGGUUCCUCCCCGCCGCUCUUCUCCCACUGUUUCCGUUCCCCGUUCCGCGAGUUCUGCCUGGCAAAAUGGUUCGCGCUGGCCGUUCACACCCGCGACCUCUCUCGACGCUCCCGUCUACGAAUGGAGCUUCGGCGAACUUGUCGCGGGUGGGCUCCUCUCCGGCCCCGCACAGGUCGCGUUCCGCGUCUCGCGGCGACAGCGACGAGCGGCUGGUCGCGAUGGCGCGUCUGCUGGCGCACACAGAUGUGAAGUAUCGCAACCGCGGCCUGAAGCGCGUCGAGGCUUUUCUGUCGGGAGUUUCUCGGCGGCGGCGCGCCAAGCAGGCUGAAGGUGUCUGUGAGGUCAACGCUGCCGAGCGGAAGGCUGCCUCUUCGCCGCUCCCGUUCUCUCAGUACGAGAAAGUUUGGACGACGCUGUACUACGCUGCGUGGCUGAGCGACAAACCCCUCGUCCAGCGCGAGCUGUUUGUCUGCCUGGCGUUGUUGGAGCGCAUUUUGCCGACUUUCGCGGAGAAGCGCAAGUUCUUCAAGGCCUUCUUCCUCGUGAUGAAGAGCAACUGGGACAAGCUGGACUGCAUCCGCGUCAACAAGUUUCUCUUGCUCGAGAAAAUCAUGGUCGCGGAACUCAUGCACCUCUCGUUCCAAGUGGCGCACAGACCGCACAAGUUCGUCUACCCCAUGGGCCGCUUCCUUGCAGAGCGCAUUCUCCUCGACGAGCGCGGCGGGAACGGACUCGCCCACCAGCUCGGCCUCUACUUUCUCUUGGAGUUCCGCGAGGUCCGGGCUCGUGUCACCGCCUCCGACGCGUCUGUGGCUUCUGACCAGGACGCGACCGACAGCGACGACGGCGACGACGCCAGCCUCACAGCAACCGGCGAACAGGAAAGCAGCCGCGACGCGCUCUUCUUCGCCUUCUUCUUCCCCUUCUUCUACGCUGCGUGCUUCUCCCAGAGCCCCGCGAUGCUACGCGCCAUCCACACGCAGGUCUUCCUCGAGCUCACUGCGGAAGACCUGCGUCCGCGGCUGCUCUUCGCCGCGCUCUUCGCCUUGGGCUCCCAGUCGAGCGUCGGGGGUGAGAACCGACGCAUGUUCUAUCGAACCUUGGACACUCUGGAGGCGCGCCUGGACGGCGGAGAGCGGCCUGCGUCGCUCGCCGCCGUCGCCGCGGCCUCGCCGAGCAUUCGGCGGCUGCUCGCGCAAGUGGCGACGUUGCGAGCGUCUUCGCACCCCGUCACUGCGUCUCUGGGUGAGGGCGGAGUGAAGCGGGCGCAGAAGGAAGGCUCUGGACGCCUUGAAGAGGCUGUCGCCUUCGAUGACGGGGAAACGUCCAUUUCGUUUCCCUUGCCCACGGCCGACAUGGAGGAGGACUGCGAGGUGAGUGCCGCGUUCUCUGCACGUCGCGAAGAAAAGCGAAAGAGAGAGUCUGGACUCGGUGAGAAGAUGCCGCGAGAGCGGAGCGACGACGCGCUUGGGCUGGAGGAGGCCGGCGGAGACAGUCUCGUGUCGAAGAGGCAGAAGAAAGCGGGCGCGGUGAAGACUCGGAAACAGGGAAAAACGGUUAAGGACGAGAGUCACGGCUGCGCUGCGCUCGCCUGCAGCGAAGAAGGAUUUCUCGACGCAUUCGCACCGGAGAUCUGCGACGGCGAACAGUUCGUCGGGAAGCGAAAGAAGUUCCUCGGUGAGGCUUCGCUCGCAGCUGGCGCGGCCCUGAACGUCCGCGCGAAGUUUCUUCGCGCGGGCGCGUUCGGCGCCACGGGCGCGGCUGGCCUCUGUCUCGUCGCGGCCGGAGACGAGAGACCGUCUGCCUGGCCGGGAGGGCGCGAACGCACGCGCCGAGUGGCGGGACUGACAGGGAAGGCUGGGCCGGUGGGUUUGAGCGGAGCGUCGCGCGUCGGCUUCCUCGCGUCUGUCGGCGACGAAAACGAUGGGAGAGACCUGUCUUGCGGCUUACCGAGUUCGAUGACAGGCACCCGCUCGCCGCCGUCUCCGCGGCAGAGUCAAGAGAAGGCGGGGAAGGACAGGAAGGAGCGCGGCGCGGACGCGCCUGCGUGCGGGGACCGGCGAGAAGCCGGCGAGGCGCAAGAGGGAGGCGCGCCGAGUGCAGGAAAGGUCGAGGGCAACGGAGACGGUGACGAAGUUGGCCGGGAUGCGAAGCCACCUCAGGGCGAUGUCGCGGGAGACAGCGGAAGAGGCGACAGCACAGACGGCGGGGAGGGCGGAGAUUGGCGCGAGCAGGAGGAGAGAGGAAGAGGCGACGAGGAAGGCGAAGAGGACGAGAAGUCGGCGAGGAAGGAGAAGAAAAGAAGACAGAGCGAGAAGAAGAGAAAGAAAGAAGAACGCGAGCGACGCCGGAAAGAGCGACGGGGCCUGCUGCCCACCGCACUCUCGGCCGCGCCGGGCUCCGACCAGGAGACCGGCGACAACGCUCCGGCGCUGCGCGCGCAGACGAAGAGGAGUCUCAAACAGGCACGAGCCGCGGGGCUUCUGUCUCCAGAGGAGGCGGCGUCUCCCAGGACUGCCGAGAGACUCGUCGCUGGCAAGAGAGGAUCGAAGACAGGCUUCCUCGUCGCGUCCGGCGCGUCCAGGGCGACAGAAAGAAGGCGAGUCGUCUUCGAUCUGAGGCGCAAUCGCGUCACAGCCUUUAACCGCCUUCAGCCGCCCUCGGCAGUGAGUCCGUCGGCCUCUCAGGCGGACUUGCUCGCUUCGAGUGUGCGCGGUUCGCCUUCGAGAUCCUCUCUCUCUUCCGCGACAUCCUCGGCUUCAGCGAAAGAGGCGUCUCUCGCGUCUGCUUCCGCUUCUUUGUCUCCGCCGUCGCGCCGUGGCUCGAAGGCCCUAUCGGCCUCGGGCUCUCGCUCGGGGAACCAGGCGGGAGAGGCUGAGACCCGUGAAGGCGAGUGUGAAGAGUCGCCUGUGCCAGCUCCGCCUGUUCUCAAAUCGAUUCUCAAGCGUCCUGUAGGCUUUUGUCCUGCGUUGAGCGAGCAGCCUCACUGGGCGUCUUCUUCGGAUAGUGUGUCGGCAGGUUCGACGCCUCGAGCCGUGAACAAGACCGCGAAAAAGACGCGCGCAGUUCUCUCCAAAAAAGCGAGCUCGGCGGGACAUUCAGGCAUCGCCCUGGCACUGCCCGACGGGGACUUCCAUAGCCCCUCGCCGACUGCAGAGGGCCUUGAGUUGCCGGUCUUCGUUGCGUCUUCGGAGAAGAAGCGGAACAAGGUUGGAGAGAAACGAACGGUUGAGCUGGAGAAAAAGGGCAAACGAGGAGCAGAGAAAAAGUCGGUAAUUGCGCUGCCGAGUGGAACAUGGGAUGCAGUUUCCCUCGCGCAAGAGGCCAUCGAAAAGCGAGAGGAGCAGUAGGCGCGCGAGCGCUGGCUGUUUAGGGAGAAGAAGUCCGGACCAAGAAGAGAGGGGAUCAAAACGCGCGUCACUGUGGGCUACGACUUGCGUGGUACCCAGGCGGGUGCUGAAACGCCGAGUCCAGGUUGAAAACGUGCAGUGUGUCACAUGCAAACUUCGAAUACAGUCGGCAAGUACAGGGAGAACCAGGGUGAUAGAUACCGGCGAACGACCUUCCUAUUCCUCUCUGUUUCUUGUUUCCCUUGUUACACCAGUUCCGAGGAGAACAGGAAGCAAUGUCCGCGAACGACGGGGAGCAAGGUUAUGAAAGAGGCUCUUUUGUAGCACGCAACCCUGUGAAGCCCCAUAGACUGCAGUGGAAGAGCGGCUCGGCUUCCUUGACAAGUUGAGCUGUGCGGUCGUCAGAUGCGUUCAGACACCGCGGGAGUUCUUCUGUUGUGUAGCGGGCGAAGACUGUGUACCCUGGCGGCGAACGCGACCUGUCGAAGAGCGUGCCACAGCCAUUUUAAACUGGAGAUGUCUGCAGACCUACACUGGAGAGAUUUGUGGGGAGGGCGAGAGCGAGACCAGGAGAGGAGGCAAGACAGGUUGCGUUCUGCGGAGACGACCGCAGCAGUUCGUCUGCAUUCGGGAACUCUCACAUGCUGAAGGAAGCAGAUCGCUUCCAAGCGCAUGCGUUUGUCUCGACACCCGUAGCAGACAAGGAAGAGCGUUUGAGGCGGCAAAGCGAUGUCGAGCUGAGGACGCGAAUUGCUUCUCUGGUGGACUGAAUCAUUUCCUAGUGAAGGCAUGUCUGGGAAAUUCAUUUUGGAUCCUGUAAAGAUCGCAUUGGCCAUCGGGAGGCCCCUCAGUCAUCGUCUGCCAGCUCAUUAUCGACUUUUUUAAGUUUUCCAUCAUUCUCCAUGACGCUAAAGUCGGACUCAACGGACAAACUGUUUUGACGGGACGCCGUUUCAGUAGAGAACAUUGGCAUUCGUGAACGUUAAGAAGAUGUGCCAAAUUCAGUUGACGCCACCAUGGAAAUAUCACCCAUCGUACAGUCGCGCCGCCUCUCAAUCAGCGUCCGAGGAACGAGCCUCACGGGCGAUAGAAAUAAAUGAGUUCUGAAACUAACCGCAUGUAGGCAGGACACUUGGCCCACUUAAUGGUGGCGUGACACGACAAAUAGUCAUUCACAUAGAGUGCAGUCGUGCCGUCUCGCGUACAAGAUGGAGUUGCGAAUCCUAGGGACCGCACUGUAUAGUGUGUGGCAGGGCUGACAUCCUAACUCCGUCUCAAUAGUCUUUGAAACUCCCUACAGCAACCAUAGGGAACGCGGUUGUUUCUAUCUCAUACGUUAAGCGAUACAAGAUUCAGACUAUCCAUGCUUUCGGAGAGUCCUUCACCGGCUUCGAGGGCAAACGCUCAUGUCGACGAGGCCGUCGUCCGGUUCCGAAUAAGCUUCGACGUCUUGUAGACCGGAUGCCACGCCUUUGCUACAGUUGCCUUCCUCGUGUCCGUGCUCCUUCGCUAUGUUAACGUCUGAACAAACGGUUUCACUGACGUUGCUGACUUUGGUCCUGAUGAACUAUGGUUCUGCUUGGAUCGUUGAGUCAAUCAGAUACACGCCGAAGUGGUGUUUGUUUGAUGGCAUUUUAUCUAAAUAGGCAAAUGGUUUCACGGAUUUCCGCAGAAACAGCUUCAUCGCGUGCCUGCAACUCCGCAGCAGCGUUCCUUCAUAUACAGAGCGUUGC